UUCUGUUUCUAAAUAAAAAUGCAACUUAAGUGUGGGUGUUCUGCGCGCGCAAAGAGGGACUCUUCUCCGAGGAGCUGACCUGGGGAUAAGACAGUCACUGCGGGCUCCCUGAGUUGUGUGGUGCUCCUGGACCGCUUUUUGUCAUCCACUUGUUAGUUUUUUCCUAAACGCCUUUAACCAUGUCUGACGAGGAAGAAGUCUACUCCGAAGAGGAGGAGGAAGAGGAAGUUGUAGAAACGACUACAACAACAACAACCACCAAAGUCGAGGAAGGAGCUGGCGAUCCAGAAUUCAUCAAACGUCAAGAUCAGAAGCGAUCCGACCUAGAUGAACAACUUCGCGAGUACAUCACCGAAUGGCGCAAACAGCGCGCCAAGGAGGAAGAUGAGCUCAAAAAGUUGAAGGAGAAACAAGCCAAGCGCAAGAUCAGCCGCGCCGAAGAAGAGAGGAAAAUGGCCGAGAGGAAGAAGCAGGAAGAAGAACGCCGCAUCCGCGAGAUUGAAGAGAAGAAACAGCGUGAUAUUGAAGAGAAGAGGCAGCGGCUGGAAGAAGCCGAGAAGAAGCGCCAAGCCAUGAUGCAAGCCCUGAAAGAUCAGAACAAGAACAAAGGACCCAACUUCACCAUCACCAAACGUGAUGCUUCCUCCAACUUGAGCGCGGCGCAGCUUGAGAGAAACAAGACCAAGGAGCAGCUGGAAGAAGAGAAGAAAAUUUCCUUAUCCAUUCGCAUCAAGCCCUUGGUGCUUGACAACCUCAGCGUGGACAAGCUCCGGGAAAAGGCCCAGGAGUUGUGGGACUGCAUCGUUAAGCUCGAAACUGAGAAAUAUGACUUGGAAGAAAGGCAGAAACGCCAGGAUUACGAUCUUAAAGAAUUGAAAGAGAGACAAAAGCAGCAACUCAGGCACAAGGCCUUGAAGAAGGGCUUGGACCCCGAGGCUCUCACCGGCAAAUACCCCCCUAAGAUCCAAGUAGCGUCCAAAUAUGAGCGUCGUGUCGACACCAGAUCGUACGACGACAAGAAGAAACUGUUUGAGGGUGGCUUUGACCACCUAAACAUGGAACUUUUGGAAAAAGUUUGGAAAGAGAAAGUGGGCGAGUUCGAAAGUCGGUCGAGAACCAAACUUCCCAAAUGGUUCGGUGAAAGGCCCGGCAAGAAGAAGGGCGAUCCUGAGACCCCUGAGGGCGAAGAAGAGGGCAAACACGCCGCCGAUGAUGAUGAAGACAUCAAGGAGCCGGUGUUCGAGCCCGAGCCAGAAGAGGAGGAAGAGGAAGAGGAGGUUGAGGUAGAAGAAGAGGAAGAGGACGACGAGGAGGAAGAAGAAGAAUAAGCAAGCGAGAACAUCGUUUUGUCCCGACGUCCAUGAUGUACUUUUUAUCUUAUUUUAUUUUCGUUUCCAAUAAUAAACUGUAUUUAUAAUCAAAUAAAUAUCGUUACAUCAAAACUA